UGUGAAGGAGGGUUUUAGAGCUCUCACGUACAGCCUUGGGCCUCACGGCUCUGGCGCACCAAAGUACCGGAAGAUGAAACAUGGUGGAGAUGCUUGAGGGAGCAAAGUGACGUACCAUGCUCUGCUUGUGUGUGGAAGGUCAAGUCUGGCCUCGCCGCCCUCUUCCACCAACGCUACAAAUGUAGGCAAAUCCCUUUGGAGCCCCCCAAGUGUCUACCACGAACCGCUUUUGACUUUGCUAUCCGACCACGAACUGAGUCAGUAUCAGCACCGUAUGCCCUGACGACAGUCGUACUCAGGCACUGCCGACAUCUGCCCUUGGUACUACUGCUUGCGCUCACACCAUGGCUUCCUUAAAGUCCACGGAGCUCCCGCUGGGACUCUUUCCCCAAGCGACUCGUCCAUCUGGAUCGAAGCAGUCAGAAGGACUGCAGAGCGGAACGACCACCGCUGCCGAUACUACACCUGCCGGAUCCAUCCUUUUACGCACGGAGGAUGUGACGGCGACCAAUUCCAUCCACGAGGGCGAUGGCGAAGAGGCGCAGGAUGGCGGGCUUGCCAACUCGUCGAUCUCAAAGGAUGGCACUGCGGGCAAGACGUCCAAAGCCAAAGCAAAGGCGCUCGAUGGAGAUGGCGACAAGUUGAUAUUGGUGCAAUUUGGAGAAAAUGACAAGGAAGAUCCUCAGCAGUGGUCUUUGACCCAGAAGUGGAUCCUCACCAUCCUGCUCAACUCGAUGACCAUGUGCAUCGGCUUGUCGACCUCGGCCUAUUCGGUGGGCAUCGGCAAGAUGACGGACGAGUUUGGGGUGGCUAAUGUGGCUGGCCAGGUGGGAAUGUUCACUUUCAAUGGCGCUUGCGCGAUCAUGCCGCUGUUUAUUGCACCGUUUUGCGAAUUGUCAGGCCGAAGAAUCAUCUACGUCUCUGCCUUUGCUGCUUUCUUCGCCGUCACGUUCAUGUUGGCCUUUGGUCAGAAUCUGGCCACGCAGAUUGUCGGGAGGCUGCUCCAAGGCGCUUUCGGCUCUAUCGGCACGAUCCUGGUUGGAGGCUCCUUGAGCGAUGUGUGGAGCACAAAGGAGAUUUCGGUGCCCAUGUCGCUCUUCAGCUUUUGCGCCAUCGUUUCCACAGUCGGCGCACCGGCUUACAGCGGGUACAUCGACGAACGACUGGGCUGGCGCUGGAUUCAGUAUGUGCACCUGAUCCUCACCGGCGUAGUGCUUUUGUUUGAGCUCUGCUUCUUGAAAGAGUCGAGGGGCGAUGCCAUUCUUCGAUCCCGGGCCAAGAGGCUACGAAAAGAGACUGGAGACGAGAGGUUCAGAGCGCGUGCAGAACUGGAAGGCGAUACGCUCAUGGACAUGUUUAGAGCCAGCUGUCUGAGGAGCAUCAAACUUCUCUUCACCGAGAGCGUCAUCCUCUUCUUUGGGCUGUACAUUGCGCUCUGUUGGAUGACGGUAUUCCUCUUCCUCAGCGUCAUUCCCCUCACCUUUGCCGGCAAUCAUGAGUGGUCCGAAGGCAAUGCUGGAUUGCCCUACAUUGCCGCCAUCUUGGCCUGCUUUGCCGGGUUUGGCUUGGGUCUCUGGCAAGACAAGAUGUACGAGCGCAGCACUCGCAACAACGGAGGAGUAGCAAAGCCCGAGUACAGGCUCUACGGCGCCAUGAUCUUCGGACCGCUAUUCGGCAUCGGCAUUAUGAUUUUCAGCUGGACGCAGUUCGCGUUUGUGCAUUGGAUAGCUCCCAUACUCGCCAUUUUCCUCAUCAUUCUCGGUACCUAUGCCGUCUUUUUGGCCGUCUACUCCUACACGGCCGACUGCUAUCCCUCCGUCGCUUCCUCCGCCAUUGCUGGUCAGGGCCUGCUCAGAAACGGCAUGGCAGCCGCUUCUCCCCUCUACGCCACUUAUAUGUUCGAAGGGAUGCGCUACCAAUUCGCAGGAUUACUGCUCGCUCUCAUCGCUCUGGCCCUCGCGCCCCUGCCCUUCAUCCUCUACCGCUACGGUGACACGAUCAGAGCGAGGAGCAAACACGCCGUGCAGCCCAACGUGGCCUCUCCAGAAGCGCGUCGAGGUGUGGAUGCAGAGGAGAAGAUACCCUCGCAGAGGUCAAAGACAUCAUCGGAUAAUGAGAAGGCCGAGCGCACUACCAGCGCAAAGGGAGCUCACAGCAAUGACCGAGACGUAGAGCAAGGACAAUAGACUUGUUUACACAUUUGUAAGAACUCCACAUCGCACUCUAAAGUCAUCCAAACUAGCAAU